GCAUGCUGGGAACGUAAUAUGCAAAUCAAGCGGGCACUCCGUGCUCCGCCCCUUCCACGUUACCAAAUCGGCCCAGUGCGCAGGCGCGGGAAAGUUGAACUAAUUAAAGUUUGUACAAGGAGCGUGGAGGAGGCGACGGCGGCGGCGGGCGCCGGACCAGGUGCCUCCAUGGCAGGCUCGCAAGAGCUGGGGCUCCGGGAAGACACGCUGAAGGUCCUAGCUGCCUUCCUUAGGCGGGGCGAGGCUACUGGGUCUCCUGUUCCAACCUCACCCAGGAGUCCUACCCAGGAGGAGCCAACAGACAUCCUGAGCCGCCUUCGAAGAUGUCUUCCCUGCCCCCUGGGGCAAGGAGCAGUUCCCCCUGAGUCCCCUCGGCCUUGCUCCCUGCCUGUCCGCCACUGCUAUGGUUCAGAGCCUGGCCCAGCUACUCCAGAUUUCUAUGCUCUGGUGGCCCAGCGGCUGGAACUGCUGGUCCAAGAGCAACUGAAGACUCCACCUAGCCCAGAGUUACAAGGUCCCCCACCCACAGAGAAGGAAGCCCUACUGCGGAGGCUGGUGGCCUUGCUGGAGGAGGAGGCAGAAGUCAUCAACCAGAAGGUGGCCUCGGAUCCCACCCUGCGUCGAAAGCUGGCCCGCCUGUCCGCAGGCUCUUUCGCUCGCCUGGUGGAGCUGUUCUCCAGUCGGGCAGGCAGCUCUCGCCCAAGCCUUGCACGCCUUUCAAUGCCGUGCCCUGGGCCCCCGCCGCCUUCCCCAGAGCCCCUGGCCCGCCUAGCCCUGGCUAUGGAGCUGAGCCGGCGCGUGGCCAGGCUGGGGGGCACCCUGGCCGGACUCAGUGUGGAGCACGUGCACAGCUUCGCGCCCUGGAUCCAGGCCCACGGGGGCUGGGAAGGCAUCCUGGCUGUUUCACCCGUGGACUUGAACUUACCUUUGGACUGAGAUCUUCCUCAAAAGCUGCUACAAGAUUGGACUUCAUGUGCCUGACCUCUCCAUGUCUUCCUAUUCUACUCAGGGCUGUAGGGUGGUGGCUGCCCUGCCUAUUUUUGCCAAAAAAUUGUUUUAAAACUUUUCAUAUUAAA